UUCGGUGAUUCCACGGCAAUACGAACGGUUACGUUACACGCGGACGACUAUCGCAAUACGUCAAAAGUUAAUCUCCUUCCCCUCUCAUUAGAGGCCCUCGUGGGUCGCAGCUGCCUUGGGCUUCACGUGGCGAGAAACGUCUCAGACAUUAUUCGGAAACGUUUUUGGUGUCUUCGAAGAGUCAUUUUCUGAGGGUACUAAAGGAACUUGAAGAAUGACGGUGCCGACAGAGAGAGCCCUGCAUGAAGCUAUUCAGGUCGCCCCUCUAGAUCUCCCUGAUGAUGUCAAACGACAAAAGAUUGAGAAUUUAUUGGCGCAGAUGAGAUUGUCUGGUGCUACUGCGAGGAAGAUUCAGAAUGUAUUUUUAUCAGAAAUGAAUAAAGGAAUUCAUCAGCAGGAUUCAUCACUGCAGAUGGAAAAUACGUAUAUCCCUGAAUUACCUGACGGAACAGAGGAGGGAUUGUUUUUGGCCCUUGAUCUGGGAGGUACAAAUUUUCGUGUACUCUUAUUAGAGCUUGUUAACGGCGUAGUAGUACGAGAGGAUGUAAAGAAAUACCACAUAGAUGCUCAUUUGAGAGUUGGCUCUGGAAUGCCUUUAUUCGAGUACCUAGCCGAAUGUGUCAGCAAUUUCGUUAUCUGCGAGGGUCUUCAGGAUAUAGAGCUUCCCUUAGGUUUCACCUUCUCAUUUCCGAUGAUUCAGCACUCAUUAGAUGUUGGUAUCCUCGUGACUUGGACCAAGAGUUUCAAUUGCCCUGAUGUUGUUGGUAAAGACUGCGUGGCAUUACUGGAAGAGGCACUGGAGAGACGUGGAGAUACUAGAGUUAAAGUUGUGGCUGUAUUGAAUGAUACUACUGGAACUUUACUUCAGGGAGCCACCCAAGAUCCUUGUACUGCAAUCGGACUCAUCCUUGGUACAGGCAGCAACGCCUGCUAUCUCGAACGAGCUGAUAAAGUCGAGCACUGGGAACCUGAACGACAUGGAGAACGUGAGGUGAUUAUUGAUAUUGAGUGGGGAGCAUUUGGAGAUAAUGGAGUCUUAGAUUUUAUAAAAACUGAUUUUGAUCGGCAAAAUGAUGCUAACUCACUACUCGUUAGUUCAUUUACAUUUGAAAAAUACAUCAGUGGAAAAUACUUAGGUGAAGUUGUUCGGUGUAUUCUAGUAAACUUAUCAACAGAUGGUCUGUUGUUUACUCGAGAAACUCCUGAAUCUCUCCUCAUCCCUGGAAGUUUCUUGACAGAUUACAUUUCUUUAAUUGAACAAGAUACUGUAGAUGGCGGCAGUGAGAAUGCCAAAGAAGUUCUUAGCAAAUUCGACAUUACACCUGAUGAGGACGAUCUAAAAAUCAUUCAAUACGUCUGUGCAGUAGCAUCAAAUCGUGCAGCUCUUUUAGUAUCAAUCUGUGUUGCCACAUUAUUGGACCAUAUGAAAAGGGAAGAAGUUACGAUCGCUGUCGAUGGCUCUCUGUACAAGCACCAUCCAAGACUGGAGAGUUGGAUGAAUCAAUAUAUCAAUUUAUUGGCACCAGCUCGUAAGUUCAAGCUUAUUCAUGCGCAAGAUGGGAGUGGAAAGGGUGCCGCCAUUGUAGCAGCAAUAGCUCUGCGAUUGAAAAAGCGACUGGAAUCAACGAAAUGAGUCACAACCCAAUGGAACACAUCAAAAUUUAAAUCACACAGUUUAUUUGGAAAAUAAAUAAUCCACGGUUCUUCGUAAUUUUCGAACAGUACUAGCACUUGCAUCGCCAUAUCCUGGAAAAAUAAACUAAGUGAAAUUUUCAAAGUUCGAUGGAUCUUAGCUUGCUUUGAGUGUGCGGACAAUUUUUUUCUGGUAUAUUUUUUCAGCCUAUGAAUUUUGGGAGUUAUCUUUUCCCUUUAAAUACCGUACAAAACAUUCCAACUAUUUAGAUUCUUCUGUCAUACUGACAUCGUGCAUGAAAUAUUUAGGAAUGAUGAAUUUAUAUUAGUUCCUAUUGUAUAUAAAAUUUCUUUAGAAUAUUUUUGAAUUGAAUGACCCCAAAGAUAUUACAAAAAAAAUAAAGUGGUAAUAAACAGACAAACAUUUUGUUACGGAUUGGAAAUUCUUAUCUUACGUAUCUACUGGAAAUUCUGAAUUUACGAGUAUAGGAAAGUUCCCCCAAUAGCAAAAGUCUCCGACAGUAAAUAUCUCUAAAAUUUGGCAUAGUCAAGUCGAGCUGCGAGACACCAAUUUGAAUCAUGUGAAAUUCAAUAUUCCUCUACUUAGUUAUUCUAUCACUGUUAAAGCGGAACGUCGGUGUCCCCACUCGAGCGUCCUACUGCGUUUUACUACACUCGACAUCUUAGAGCGUUAAGGUAAGGACAGCAAUUGCACAUGACUAGCAUUGCUCAACGAUUGUUCGCUGGUCGCACACCGAUUGCCCACGGUCAGGCUACCCAUUGCGCAUGACUACUGCACGUCUUGCGCAAUAGUUGUGCACGCCUAGUGCUCUGAUUACACAACAGUUGCAUACGACUAGUGCUCCGAUUGCGCAACAGUUACACACGACUAGUGCUCUGAUUGCGCCACAAUCGCAUACAACUCGUCCGCAGGUGAUGUACGCAGAUGUCUAUCAGGACUUUAUCAUUGGAAAAUGCUGGGCAUACGCACGGACUCCCCAUGGUUAUAGUUUCGGCUGGCACACCAUCCAUGCUGAUUUACUGGUCAAUUUUUUGGGAAGUGUACAUGUGGAUCAGUGUUGGACUGCAUCAUUUCUCAUGAGAAUGAAGUUAUGACUAUGGAAUGCAAAGGAACGAUGGGUUCUCCUUCCGAUCCAUGCGGGCUCCGCCCAGUUAGAGGUUCGAAACGACGAGAAUGGGGAGAAAAGUUAAUCCAUAUGCGACCUAAGGCAUUUCAAGCGAAAGUCGCUGGUGAGCUCAUGAAAGACGGAGAUCCCUGGCCAGCACUCAUACCAAAUAAAGAAGUAUUAAGAUCUAUUCGUCACGAGGCUAUCGGUAGAACCUAUGUUCAUAAAAAACCGCUGAAGGCAUUGGAAAUAUUGCGACAAGGGAAAAUGAAAAAUGAAAUUACUUUAAUAAACAGUGAUCCACUAAUUGUGUGCUAUACUACCGUAGAUAAACAGAAAAUUUAUAGGAAACUGGCCCAGGAAGGGAAUGUAUCAGUGGCCAUUGACAGCACUGGAUCUCUCAACGAACCCCUCAUUAGGCCUGAUGGGUCUCAAUCAACUGCGAUUUUCUUAUAUCACGCAGUUGUUCGUAUUGAUGAUUGCCAAAUUUCAGUGGCCCAAAUGUUGAGUGAGCGGCACACUAUACGCACUAUUUUCCUUUGGCUAAAUAAUUGGAUUAAAGGUCUUAAUCUGCCAGCUCCCAAUGAAGUUGUAAAAGACGGUGUGUUACGUAUUCACAUAUGUUUUUCUAUAAAUGAUAUUAUCUUAAGCAAAUUGAAAAAGUUACGAACAAUGGAAUUAUUAAAAAAUAUAAUAGACCAUCGAAAUGGGGUCCUCUACUUAUUUGCAAAUCGACAAAUCAACUCACUCUGAAUAAUGAAUUACCACACAUAUAUUUCAAGCAAGAGUCGUAUAAAAAACAUUCGUAGACAAAAGACUGAAAAGGUUAUAUAUAAAUAAAAACAAAGAAACGAAAAGAUAAAACCAUUGACGAAGGACGGAACAGUAUUUCUCACUCUGGCGGUGCAGGCCGAUGACUCUUAAUACAAUCAUUGCAGAAAAAAUGAACAAAUAAUUACUUAAAUAGAAAAUAAAAAUAAUUCGGGUCCAUACAGGAGUCCACUUAUCAAUGAUUGAAGAGAAUUCAGUUUUGUGAUGUUAGGGCAGGGUUAAAAUGCCAGAACGAGUAACACACCCUCUCAGAAAUGGCAAAAUCUUGGAAAUUUCCACGUAUAUAUAGACAAGGUCUAUCUAAAAAUUGAUAUAACUUUUAUUGAAAUGAAUGAAAAAAAUUAUAAAAAAUGCUAAGAACCACUAAAAGGGAUAAUGAACAAAUUAUCUCAGACGAAAAAUAAAUUCACGCAGUAAUUAUCAAGUUCUAUUUACAAAUUGCUGGAGAUGAAGUCAUCACAGGGAAAACGAGUGGACACAAAACAAAGGUCAGAAUGUUUUCUAACUAAAUUAAUUAAAACAAAUCCUUCAUCCCCAUAAACGGGAAAUAUGAAUUUCUCUGUUUCACUUACACAGCAUGCUAAUGCAUACAAGGAAAAAUUGAAAAUUCAUAAAAAUUUCAUAAAUUCGCAUACUAGAAAAAAUGAAUACAUGAAAAAUCAAGAAAUAAUUUAAACUCAAUAUUACACAAGCCAAUAUUCAUAAAAGUUGAAAAAAAAAUUGAAUUUGUUGAUAAUAAUUGACAAAUAUUUACAAUAACAAAAAAUAAAAUUAGUCGAAAUGAAAGGACACUAACUAUUGUAAACAUCCACCAAAAAUCUUUUCUUAAUCUCCGUAUGCAAUGACGAUAUUAAUUUUUAAAGGUGGUACACACGCAUCCAAACCACGUAUCCAUGUGUCCACUUCAAAAUUUUGGAAAAUUUUAGCGCCAUCUGGAUUGGAGACACAUGUAAGGUGCCGCAGUGUUAGGGAUGAGAUAUAAGCAAUGCAUAGGGGUGCCCCGUUGGCGCGCUCCCCCACCAACUCAGCCAGCAAGGCGCUCCACUGAACGCGGCAACCCCACUCAUCCCACCACUGCGCCGCUCGACGCAUGCGCACAGCUCGCCGCUCGGCAGUCAAGGUACCUCCAGUCGCUACGAGAAACGGCCAGUUCAACGUCGACUCUUAGAACCGCCGGUCAUAACCUCCAAAGAGCUCCCGAGAAUUAAAUUAAAAGUAACCAGUUGGACUUAGUUUUUUUAGUGUGCUGUCCUCUUGGACUUAGUUUUUCGCGCUUAGUCCCCUUCAGACUUGGAAAAUUUUCGUCUUCUGUCCUCCUGGACUUAAAAUAUUUUUUAUGAAAUUGUCCAAAGUACAUCAGUGCAAUUUUCAAUAAGAACCGAAAUAAAUUCGUAGUCCGUCACUCCGAAACCGAAUAAAAUUCAAAUUUUAAAUCGAGAAAAACCGCGUGAAUCCCGAUGGGUUCGAACUGACCAUUUCUUUCACGCGAAUUCUAAUUGUUUCGAAUAAAUUCAACUUUAUAUGAAUUUGUGCCGUGCAGAAUAAUUUACCCUAGUGAAUCCCUCAUCAGCCCCGUAAAUUCGCGAAUGGCUUGCUGACUCUUUCGGGGAGGCGAGUCAUUUGCUAAUUAGCGAUUGAUCCACGUCGACCAGGAUACUGCGGAUGACUCACUGAGCUGGUUUAGGGAUGACCCUUCACUAACUCGGUGGAGCAACCCCGUGUUUCCAGGUUGACUAUCAGCCCCGCGAUGCCCAAGGUGGAUUAACUGACCCUUAGGGGACGGUCUGUCUAUCCCAGGAGAUCGCGGUUGAUAUUCCCUUUUUUUUUUAGAGAUUUUAGUUCAUUUGGCUCAGCGGAUCGCAUGGCUGACUGGGCGAGCUGACACAAUAUUCAGUGACCGUGCGUUCCAGGCAACCCCGUAAUCCUCCAGGUCAAUUAACCCUGAUAAUUGGUCCUAGUAGUUAUUCCCCAGAUACCUAUCGGUGAUAACGAAGGGAAUUACGAAAGGUCACUUAUCAGGCUUCCUUAAAUAAAAUCGGUUAUUUGAAAUUCAAUAAAUUCAGUUCACGUCCGUCGGCGAGAUUCAAAUAAACAUCCAAAAUUAAGUAAAAUAACAGUCCUAAUAAUUCUCUCCCCUUUUUUUUAUUAUUUUCGGAACAUUACGUGAAGGAACAAUUUUAACCAGUCAAUGAUUUUUCCUGAAAUAUUAAGACAAUUAUAUUGACAAAGGUCAAAGUGAUUUCGGAGUGGACCUGAGGAGCAGUCCGUCCUCUUACUAAGCCGUCGUCGCCCGUCAGACAACAGCUAGGCCGAACAUCAUCCUUGGCCAGGCCGGUUGAUUUACUGGCAGAACAUCGCUGAAUUGUUCAAGUCGGAUCAUUCAGGACAAAGGUCAAAGUGAUUCCGGAGUGGACCUGAGGAGCAGUCCGUCCUCUUACUAAGCCGUCGUCGCCCGUCAGACAGCAGCUAGGCCGAACAUCAUCCUUGGCCAGGCCGUUUGAUUUACUGGCAGAACAUCGCUGAAUUGUUCAAAGUCGGAUCAUCCAGGACAAAGGUGCUACAGCUCUCCAAAGUGCCUGCAUUCGAGCUUUCAUGCCGUAUUUGAUGACCACUGAGUACACCAAUUCUUUCUUAACAACAGAAGCUGCACCACCGUGUUGGGUAAGAUGCGACGGAGCCCAUUUCAUCCAAACCUACGUCAAAAAGUUGACGGACGUUCGACCAUAAGUAGCUUGGUACUACAGGACAAGAAUAGGGCAACUAAUAGUAUGUUGCAAUAUGGAUCGGGUAACGGAUAUUAUUCGUUCACUGCCCACAACGUCCCAGAGCGAAUGCAUUGGAAUGAACGCUGAUGGCACCGACUCUGCUGCACAUCGAGAACGCAAUAGUCUCACAAAAUUGUUGCAAAUUUCACGUGAUUCGAUCGACACUGAUUUUUCAGAUAUGGAGACUGAAACAAAGAAUGGAGAUGAAGCAGAAUACGUUCAGUCUGAGGAAGAAUCUUCUAUACUCAAUUUAUGGGGAGACUGGGCCAUGAGUCUGAACGAAUCAACGAAGGCUGAAAUAGUUAGCGCCCCAGGUACUGAUCUUAGUGCUUAUUAUCUACCAAAAUUCGCUAAAAAACUUCUUGACGAUUUAAAAAAAACUACCAAUGUGGAGUUGUGUAUUUGAUGAUCGCUUCAAAACUGGAAGAAUCCCUGCAACGAGCUCUCAAGCAGAGAAUGAGUUCAACCACGUUAAACACAUAUUGAUGCACAAUCUCCCACGAACUCGAGUAGAUCGAUUCGUAGAAAUACACGGUAAUUAUUACAAGAAUCUUACCAAACUCUACGAUUCACAGCUCAGAGGGAAAGAGAAAUCAAUCAAGUAGAAAAUAAUUGUGCCCAGAGAAGACCAGAUUUGAAUGAAAACAAUCCAACCCAAAUCCACAGAGAAAAACCGUCGAAGGAGUUCAUUAAUGAAGAACCGAAUAAUCGAUGUCCAUACUGUUCAAACGGAGAUUUCCCAUCUGGAGCUCAUAAAUGAAUUACCUGCAGCAGAGCCGUGCACGCGCAUGACCAUUGUUCGGAGUCAAUCGGUGACGAGGAGGGAUAUGGGGAGAAACGUAGGUGUUUCGAGUGUGUUGGAAGACGGAAUAGUGGUACUUUGGAUGAGCCUAAAGUAUCGUGAAGUAUCGCCAGAAUUGCAUCAACAGAGUUUCAUGAAUCGAGACGACUAUGCGAAAAGUCGAACUGAUGAAGCGAUGAUGCCUCCAGGUGAUGUGAUGGAUUCGUCUUGCUUUGGAAAUGAGAACUCCACUAUUGGCUUUAGACAUCUCCGUAGACAAUCUGUAGUAAAUUCUAGAACAAAUUCGUGUCAGAAUCCCAGGAGACGUGGAAGUAAAAGGAAAUUAUCAAUUGAGAUAAAGGAUUCCCGGCUGGGUGAAGCGGAAAUUUUUUCUCUCUAAAUUCUAAUUCUCUUAGAAUUAAGAGAGAAAAGUAAGAGAGUAAAUUUCCAGUCAUAAUGAAUUAUUUUCAUUGGUAUGAUCAGUACAGCUCUAAUUUUUUCCACAUAAAGCAAAACACUGAAUAUAAUGGCCGAUAAUAUUGACAUUUCUAAUUGAAUAACUUUCACCCCAAUGUAGUAAGUUUGUGAGUGUUAAUCAAUGGCGAUUACAUGAAAAUUACCUGUUUUAAUAAGAAUAAAGCAUCUGAAUUUA